AUGACCCAACGAUCCUCCAGCACCAUCAAGUCAGGGGGUACUCGGAGCUUCAGUACUUCCUCCGCGAGCCUUCUCCCAGGCUGCCGGUCCAGCUUCAGCUCUGUCUCUGUAUCCCAGGGCGGAAAGAGCUUCGGGGGCGGCUUUGGGGGUGGCUUCGGGACCAGGAGCCUCCAUGGCCUUGGGGGCAACAAGAGAAUCUCCAUCAGCGGGGGCUACCGCUCCAGCCGGGGGAGCUUCGGGGGUGCUGGCUAUGGGAUGGGUCUCGGUGGUGGCAUAGGGUACAGGAUGGGGGGAUUUGGAGGUGGGCUGAUGCCCGGAGCUGGAGGCAUCCAGGAGGUCACUGUCAACCAGAGUCUCCUGACACCCCUCCACCUGGAGAUCGACCCCUCCCUGCAGCGGGUGCGGAAGGAGGAGAAGGAGCAGAUCAAGACCCUCAACAACAAGUUCGCCUCCUUCAUCGACAAGGUGCGGUUCCUGGAGCAGCAGAACAAGGUCCUGGAGACCAAAUGGAGCCUCCUGCAGGAGCACAAAACCACCAGGGCCAACAUCGAGCCCAUGUUUGAAGCCUACAUCAGCAACCUUAGGUGGCAGCUGGACAGCCUGGGCGGGGAGCGGGCGAGGCUGGAGACAGAGCUGAAGAACAUGCAGGACGUGGUGGAGGACUUCAAGAACAAGUACGAAGAAGAAAUCAACAGGCGUACGGUGGCAGAGAAUGAGUUUGUGAUGCUCAAGAAGGACGUGGACGCAGCCUACAUGAACAAGGUCGAGCUGGAAGCCAAGGUGGACGCCAUAAUGGACGAAAUCAACUUCCUGAGAGCUUUCUAUGAUGCGGAGCUGGCUCAGCUGCAGGCCCAGAUCUCUGAGACCUCUGUGGUCCUGUCCAUGGACAACAACCGCUCCCUGGACCUGGACAGCAUCAUCGCCGAGGUCAAGGCCCAGUACGAGGACAUCGCCAACCGCAGCCGGGCUGAGGCCGAGUCCUGGUACCAGACCAAAUAUGAGGAGCUGCAGCGGUCUGCCGGUCAGCAUGGGGACAACCUCCGCACUACCAAGAUGGAGAUCUCUGAAUUGAACCGGAUGAUGCAGAGGCUGCGCUCUGAGAUUGAUAACCUGAAGAAGCAGUGUGCUGCCCUCCAGGCCGCCAUCGCUGAUGCCGAGCAGCGUGGGGAGCUGGCCAUCAAGGAUGCCAGGAACAAGCUGGCAGAGCUGGAGGACGCCCUGCAGAAGGCCAAGCAGGACAUGACUCGGCAGCUGCACGAGUACCAAGAGCUCAUGAACACCAAGCUGGCCCUGGACAUUGAGAUCGCCACCUACAGGAAGCUGCUGGAGGGCGAGGAGAGCCGACUCACUGGAGAAGGUGUUGGACCUGUGAACAUCUCCGUGAUCUCCUCCUCCGGGGGCACAGGCUACAGCGGGGGUGGCGGCUUCAGCAUGGGUGGGAGCAGCGGCUACAGCAGCGGCCUCUGCUAUGGUGGCAGCAGCGGUGGUGGCGGCUUCAGUUCCACCAGCGGCCGCAACAUGGGCGGCAGCAGUUCCAGCAUGCGUAUCAUCUCCAAGACGUCGUCCACCAAGAAGAGUUACAGGAGCUAAAGGCCCCACUCGCCUCAGCGGCCUGCCCCCGAAAGCCCCAAAUCCCCGCCCACAGGCCUGCCGCUUUGCUGACACCCCCUGCACAGAAUCAAUCCUGGCAGCAGGAGGCACAGGGAGCAGACAAGUGGCCUGGGAGUUCUAAGGUCACUUUAUCCAUCCCUCUACUUCCAGACAGCUCCCCAUGGAAGCACCCACUUGCUCCUCAUCCCAGAGCCCUCCAGGGGCCACAGGCAUCCAUUCUAACUAACCGUGACUCAACUGCCCUGAGCCAAGACCUGGGCUAGGACUUUGCCCUUCAGUAGCUUCCAGAGCAGGGGUGCAUUAGGGUCUUCCCCCUCCUGUUCAACCCAGGUCCAUUGCAACCACAGUCUUUCAUGGGGGGCUUAGAACUGACCGUGGCCCCACCAAAGAAGUUGAGUGAAGUCGGGCACAGGCCAGAGGCUCCAUGUGUGCUUUCUGACUGCAAACAGAACACAUUCCCUGCAGGCCACUCAGAGCAGGAAAUGUUGCAAACCCUGCCUGCGUAUUGCCUCCUCACCUGCUCCCUUCUUGUUCCCACCCAGGCCGCCAGCCACUUCCCCUGACAACUCCCAACAGCAGGGUAUUUGAAUGAGAAAUUAACACCUUUCAAAAUAUUACCAACUCUUGAUUAUUCGUAGGAGAAUAGAGUAAUUUUAUCAAAAACCCAAAAGUUCUCCGUGGCCUGGGGCUGCAUUGGAUACUUCAUAGCCAAAUUCCUUCCAAAUCUGCCUCAUUUAAGCCAAUAUUAGAAUUAGUGACUCAAAUAGAAAUGUCCUGAUGAUGAGGGGGAUGAGGCAGGCUGUCCUGAGGGUGUGGGAACGGCAGCUCUGCCCCAAAUGCCUGUAACAGACACAUCAGGAAAAGGAACCCAAUCAGCCGGUAGUAGAACUGCCCCCGGGGAGUCCUGCAAAAUAGCCCUCCAGGCUCGGGACUUCUUCUCAGUGCUCUGUGCUGGCCAGUCUCUCUUCUGGAAAGUUUUCUUUCCUUUUUACCCUGCCCUUCCCACCUUCUCUUUUACCCUCACUCCUUUUUCUACUCAACCUCUACCACCCUGUAUGUCUCCUCUCUCAAUCCCGCUCCUCUCCUCUCUAUUUCCCUCCUUUCUUCCUCUCCCUCUCUUCUGUUUGGCAAUAUAUUUACUACUUCCUCCCUCUUGACCUUUCUUUUUCUACCUUCCUGUUUCUAAAAUGUCUGCAGGAUGGAUUUGCACAUCUCCCGCCCUAGCCAGAACCAAAAUCCUUGAAGGCAGCUCACCAAAUGCCCUACCCCACAGGGAAGUGGAAGAGAGAAAUUCUUCCUUCGGUAUUUCUCCUCAAAGGGGACACUUUACUCACCCCUUAAAGGAAGAAGAAAUAUGGCGGUGGUGGAAUAGGGGAGUGGGGUAGGACAGAGAUCUUUUGAGGCUGGCCUUCAUGGAGUGGUAUUCCUAUUUAAUUAGAAGAGUUGUACACCCUCAAAACACCUGCCAUGUAUUCAAGACCAAAGUGUAUUCCGAAGGCAAGUAGAGACUGGCCGCCAUGCUGCUGACACGAGCACAGAAGAAUUCACUACUU